ACUAUUUUCGACACUCUCAGUUCGUGUUUGUGUUGCGUGAAAUCGAAAAUGAAAGCUUUCGCCGUGUACUAUCUGCUAUUCUCUUUAUUCGCUGUAGGAAUAUCGCAAAAUAUUAAAGACAACGGGAGUUCAAAAGGUUCAUCGAAGUUCCAGACGAACUGUGCAUUCCCAACGUCCACGUCAGCCCUUUGUACCCACUGGCCGAAUGCAAAAUCUUUGAACAAAGAGGUUGUCUCUUUAACGAUUACCAUGGCAAACAUAGGACGGGUUUCUUCAUCAAUGAUUAUUAACCUUGAUUUAAAUCUCAUUGGACUGCAAAUGGCUAAAUGUAAUAUAUCUUACAUUGAACCUGACGCUUUCAGUACUCUUGUUAGUCUAAAGGAGAUAAACUUGAGUGGAAACCGCCUGGCGUACAUUCCCUCUGGGCUUUUUGCCAAUACUAUUGUGAAAAUAGAUUUGAGCAACAACAAUCUAGAGAAUCUUGACGGCGGCCUAUUUCAAGAACUUCAACAUCUUAAUGUUCUUGAUCUAAGCGGUAACCGCCUUUCAAGCUUUCCAACAAAUCUUCCCAGGGUUCUCACUCACCUUUACUUGGAAAGCAACUUGAUAACUGAAGUUCAAAGCGGCGUAAGGCUGUCUAACUUACAGCAUUUAAACCUUUGCCAAAACAGAAUCAACCGUUUAAAAUUUACCGAAAUGGGCUGUUCCAAGCUUCACUCUUUGUGCUUGGACGAUGGAGUAGUUCGCCUGAUACAUGCAGAUGCAGGAUUUCAUCAAUUGGUCAGCCUACAGGAAUUUACAAUAAAAGGACAAAAAUCUAGGAAUGAAAAAUUGGCUGUCGAACACCUGAGAAGCAUCGGCGGUUGUACAAAACUCCAAAAGCUGAGAAUUGAAAGAUGCGACCUGGUUUCCUUAGAAGUUUUGGCUCAAUUCAGUGAACUUGAAACACUUGGGUUGAAGGAGGUUUAUGUGGAGACUACUCUCUCCCCUUACUUUUUUAAUGGCUGCUCAAAUUUGAGGACACUUGAUUUGACAGGCAGUGCCUUACUCGCUCAGUCGAUUCUAGGAAAUCAAGACAUCAGAAUCAAGUUGCAAAAAUUACGCACGCUGACGGCAAGAGAUUGCAACAUUGACAAUUUGAAUUGGAUACCCGAAAGAAUCGACAUAACUUCUCCGUCUGGUCCCUUACCCUUUCCGUCGCUCUUGAAUGUGGACAUUUCUGGCGAUAACAAUUUCAAUUGCAAUGACCAGCAUGUAAAGCAAGCACUUUGCCGCUUUGAUAACUUAAAGCGGACUGAAAAUCCACAAGGGAAGAUCGUUAACAGGAAAUUUAUACUUGAAAACGCAAAUAACACAAACUGUCGCCAACAAAUGGCAGCACAAUCCAUUCUCCAAAUGAAUUUCAAUGACUGUGAGGAAGAAACUGGUUUUCCGUAUUCUGGACAACCAGAUAUUGCGACGCCAAGCAGUAAAACUGAUGGCGAAUCAGUGACGGAGGAAAUUUUCAAACCUAGAACUGAUGAUGAAGAGGCGCAUUCCUACACCAUAUAUAUAGUUUUGGGUGUCCUAUUAAUCCUUUUUAUUGUGCUGGUUGUUUUGGCUUUUUAUUUUUUUAAAAAGCGUCGAAGUCAAACUGUUAAAGUUCCUGACUGUAGUACCACGACUAAACAAAGUUUUGACAACCCACAAUCCAUUCAAAGUGAAGUGUAGGGGGCACGACCGUGAACUAAACCGUCGAAAUUGCCUGUCUCGUAAAUUUCCAUUUCGAGAAAUAAUUAGUAUACUAUCGGACAGCAAUAUUUUGUCAUGAUUAUUUGCUGUUUACGUAAAAGUUUAACUUCUUUGUAUUGUAAUCGCAGUUUGUAUUACCCGAUGUGAAAUGUAAUGAACUAUUGAUUGUAACACGCUAUAUUAUCUAAUAAACGAGUACGAGUACGA